AUGUCGACGGCCAAGGAAGUUCACCCCAACAGGGUGUACAGCUACUUCCUCAACAUGGUGGCCUACCAGAUAUGUUGCUGCUGUGGCCCCGCCCCCUGCUCGCUAUGUUGCUCCUUCUGUCCGCCUGUAAAGUCGUCCUUCAGCACACGGGUGAUGUACACCCUGUUCCACAUCAUGGCCUGUGCUGUCUCGUGCCUCAUGUUGUCACGGACCGUGUCUGAAACCAUGAGGGAGAACGUGCCUUUCUUUAAAAUGGUGUGUGACGAGGACCACGGUGGUGGAGACUGUGAGAUGCUGGUGGGCUACUCGGCCGUGUACCGGGUGUGUUUCGGCACCGCCUGCUUCCACCUGAUGCUGGCCAUCUUCCUCAUCGACGUCAAGUCCAGCCAGGACUUCCGUGCCCUCAUCCACAACGGAUUCUGGUUUUUGAAGUUCAUCAUGCUUUUAGGAAUGUGUGCUGCUGCCUUCUUUAUUCCUACAGAGUCCUUCUUGCAUGCCUGGCACUAUGUAGGUGUGGUGGGAGGGUUUGCCUUCAUACUUAUCCAGCUCAUCCUCAUCACAGCAUUUGCACACACCUGGAACAAAAACUGGCUGACGGGGGCAGCGGAGGACAAGCGCUGGUACGUGGCGGUGAUGUGCGCCACGCUCUUCUUCUACUCCGUGGCCACCACGGCCUUCACCUUCAUGUACAACUUCUACACGCACCCCGCCGCCUGCCACCUCAACAAGGCCCUGCUCUGGACCAACCUGGCCCUGUGCGGCUUCAUGAGCUUCAUCGCCCUCACGCCCUGCGUCCAGCAGAAGCGACCGCGCUCCGGACUACUGCAAGCAUCCAUCAUCAGCUGUUAUGUGAUGUACCUCACCUUCUCUGCACUGUCCAGUCGACCACCUGAGAAAGUGGAGUACCAGGGCAUGAACAUCACUGUAUGCUAUCCAAGAACAGGCCAAGGCGAGAUCCAGAAGGAGGGAAAUGCAGUGGCCAUCAUUGGAGCAUUCAUCAUGUACUGCUGUGUGCUGUUUGCAUGUAAUGAGGCAUCCUACCUGGCCGAGGUGUUUGGCCCCUUCUGGAUGAUUAAAGUGUACCGCUACGAGUUCCAGAAAGCAACCUGCUGCUUCUGCUGUCCUGAGGAUGAAGAACCGGAGGAAGAGUUUGUAAUGGAUGAGGAUAACAAAGGCUGCCAGAAGGUGAUCCACAACGAGAUGCACCGCGUUGCCUACAGCUACUUCUUCUUCCAUUUUGUCUUCUUCCUGGCCUCCCUCUACGUCAUGAUGACCCUCACUAACUGGUUCAGCUAUGAGACGGCGGUGCUGGAGACCACCUUCACCCAUGGCAGCUGGUCCACCUUCUGGGUGAAGAUGUCGUCGUGCUGGGCGUGCGUGAUCCUCUACCUCUGGCUCCUGCUGGGGUCGCUGUGCCGCGGCCGCUCGGACCGCAAGCCCCGGCCGCGGCGCUCGCGCAUCAAGAGGCGCGCCGCCUCCCACCGCCUCGUCAGCGUGAGCGUGUGA